AUUGAGGCAGAAGUGCAGAGAAGAAAACAAUUAAUUCAUCAGUCAGCAGAACGCAAAGCCAUCAUCUCAAAGUGCUACAAACGAAAACACCCAGAAGUGUACAUUCUGCAGGAUUCAUUCCUGGCCCCAGAUUUUCUAGAAAUCGUGAGAUACUGCACAUCGCCGGAUGCUCAUCCCCAUGGCCUCCUGCGCUACAUUGAGUCCUUCUCAGAUAAGAGGAUCUAUCGACUCCCAGUGUUCACAGAGGAGUUCUGCCAAGCAUUUGUCGAUGAGCUGGAGAACUUUGAGCAGUCGGACAUGCCUAAAGGCAGGCCCAACACUAUGAAUAACUAUGGGGUUUUGCUAAAUGAGCUUGGGAUGGAUGAAACUUUCAUCACACCCCUGCGUGAAAAAUACCUGCAGCCCAUAACGGCACUGCUUUAUCCCGAUGUGGGAGGCGCUUGUCUGGACAGCCAUAAAGCGUUUGUUGUCAAGUACUCGCUACAUGAAGAUCUGGAUUUGAGCUCUCACUAUGACAAUGCAGAAGUCACCUUAAAUGUUUCGCUGGGAAAAGACUUCACAGAAGGCAACUUGUACUUUGGGGAUUUCAGCCAGGAUCCUACCCCUGUGCCAAAGUACAUAGAGAUCGAACAUGUGGGAGCCCAGGGGCUGUUACACCGAGGAGGGCAGAUCCACGGGGCACUUCCCAUUGCCUCCGGGGAGCGCUGGAACCUCAUUAUUUGGAUGCGAUCGUCUGCCGUCCGCAACCAGCUCUGUCCCAUGUGCAACAAGAAACCUGAGCUGGUGGAAGCAGAGGGCUUUGGGGAUGGGUUCACAGAAAGCCCUGAAGACGAUGUGCCCGAGACUGUGAAUCUCUGUUCCCUGUGGUAG